CCACACACACACACACACACACACACACACUCUCUCUCAAACACAUUCACACUCUCGGUGGAGAGCAGAGGGGACGCUGUCUCUGUUCUGGACUGACAGAAGCUCUGCUUUCCUCCUUGCAGUCUUUCGAAAUCGCCCAUGAAUUCCCUCGCGUAAAGCGGCGCGAGCGUCCGUCCUCUUCCGUCUGCACGGGUUAAAGAAAGAAACCUCCUCGCCAUGAACGGCAUGAGCAGUUGCGGUUUCCUGAAUAUGGCGACGACUGGAGACUUCGACCCUCUCAACGCUACUAUUCCUGCUACAAAAGUUGAGAUUACAGUCUCGUGCAGAAACCUUCUUGACAGAGACACAUUUUCCAAAUCAGAUCCAAUCUGUGUGCUGUACACCCAAGGCAUUGGCAACAAAGAGUGGCGAGAGUUUGGGCGGACGGAGGUUAUUGAUAACACUUUGAACCCGGAUUUUGUGCGGAAAUUUAUAUUGGACUACUUCUUUGAAGAAAGACAGAACUUAAAGUUUGAUCUGUAUGACGUCGAUUCCAAGAGCUCCAACCUUUCAAAACAUGAUUUCCUUGGCCAGGCCUGUUGUACGUUGGGAGAGGUGGUGGGAUCAUUGGGUGGUCGUAUGGAGAAGGCUCUUGGGGGGAUUCCAGGGAAGAAAUGUGGGACGAUUAUUGUGAAGGCCGAGGAGCUUAGCAACUGCAGGGAGUCUGUGAUGAUGCAAUUUUGUGGCAACAAACUGGACAAAAAGGACUUCUUUGGCAAAUCGGACCCCUUCUUAGUGUUUUAUCGCAGCAAUGAGGAUGGAACAUUUACUAUUUGCCAUAAGACAGAGGUGGUGAAGAACACGCUGAACCCUGUGUGGCAAGCCUUUAAAAUCUCCGUCAGAGCUCUUUGCAACGGCGAUUUUGACAGAACGAUCAAGGUUGAAGUGUAUGACUGGGAUCGGGAUGGCAGUCAUGACUUCAUUGGAGAAUUCAGCACAAGCUACAGAGAACUGUCAAGAGGCCAGUCACAGUUUAACGUGUAUGAGGUCAUAAACCCUAAGAAGAAAGGCAAAAAGAAAAAAUAUCUCAACUCUGGAACUGUGACAUUGCUAUCGUUUCUCGUUGAUACUGAAGUCACCUUCCUGGACUUCAUCAAAGGCGGGACUCAGAUUAAUUUCACAGUGGCGAUUGAUUUCACAGCUUCUAACGGCAACCCAGCGCAACCCACUUCCCUCCAUUACAUGAAUCCCUAUCAGCUCAACACCUACGCCAUGGCACUCAAAGCCGUGGGGGACAUCAUACAGGACUAUGACAGCGACAAGAUGUUCCCUGCUCUGGGUUUUGGAGCCAAGCUGCCUCCUGAUGGGAGAAUAUCCCAUGAGUUUGCCCUGAACGGAAACCCUCAGAAUCCAUAUUGCAAUGGCAUUGAUGGAGUCAUGGAGGCAUAUUACCAGAGUCUCAAAUCUGUUCAGCUCUACGGUCCCACCAAUUUCUCACCUGUCAUUAACCAUGUAGCCAGAUACGCUGCCUCAGUAAAGGACGGAUCACAGUACUUCAUCCUCCUCAUCAUCACGGAUGGAGUGAUAUCAGAUAUGGCCCAGACAAAGGAGUCCAUUGUCAAUGCUGCAUCUCUUCCCAUGUCAAUUAUUAUUGUUGGAGUUGGACCAGCCGAGUUUGAUGCCAUGAUCGAGUUGGAUGGUGAUGAAGUCAGAAUCUCAUCGAGGGGCAGAUACGCUGAGAGAGACAUCGUACAGUUUGUUCCAUUCAGAGACUACAUUGAUCGCACCGGGAAUCACAUCCUCAGCAUGGCCCGCUUGGCCAAAGAUGUUCUUGCAGAGAUCCCAGACCAGUUCCUAUCCUAUAUGAGGACCAGAGGAAUCAAGCCGUCUCCCGCUCCCCCUCCGUACACACCCCCAGGACACCCGCUGCAAACUCAGAUCUAAAAUGGGCCCAGGAGCGAGCCUUGCAGUAUCUCAGUAUCGCUUUCUCAAUUGCUCAGUGAGAUGAAGUUUUCCUCAGCUCUCAGCUUUUUCUGUCCCUUUCUCUUUGCACUAUUGGGGCUGUAGAUGAACAACAUGGUUAGACAGGGUUCUGAGAACAGGUUUACUUCCAUUACAGGCAAUCCCUGUCAGGAUGUCUCUCAGUUUCACUCAUUGUCUCUUAAUGCCUGGCUAGCUCGUUUCUGAUGGCCAAACUGUAGAAUGAACUUCGCAUUUCUGGUCAACGCUGAAAAGAAGUAUAGUUAUGUGAAGGUAGGGAAAGGCUAAAAAUUGAGCUGACGAUAUUGCUCCCUGUCUCAGAACAGUAGAGCAGCUUCCUCUUCCUCAGACCAGGAAAAGGCUAACAAAUCACCAGUCACAAACAGACUGUUGUAAAUAACUCUUGAAGUAGACUUCUUCCGUCAUUUCUUAUCUCUUCCUCUUCUUUCUUCUCUGAGAUCUCACUCAAUGUUUACAUGUUGAUGAUUUUCUUACUGUUGGAUCUAACUUUUAUAAGCGUAUAUCUUUAACAUGAACUUUGCCGUGCAAAUAUUCGCAGUGUGUUAUCUUUGCCAUGCCUAUCAGGUCGCAGGGGCUGGUGUUGCUGCGGAAAACCACAAUUCUUGCAUGGAAAUGGUGUGCUCAGGCAUGCGAUGCAUGUUGUGCAGCGUUCAUGUUAUUUAGCCUUUUCUCGUUCUCUCUUUUCUCUCACUCACAUUUUUUUUUUUUUGCCCUGGCACAAGCACAAUAGAUGGGCACCAUUGUGUAUAAAGAACCUCAUAGGACUCAAUGUGCUUCAUUGCAUUUAAAUCUGAGCAGCUGCUCUCAAAUAAGAGCCCAGUGGUCAAAAACACAGAUGCCAUUGUUAUUUUGUGUCUUAAAACUUUGUGUCUUAUGGGUGUUUUGUAAUUUUCUGUUGAUUUGGUGAUUCUGUAUUAUGUUUUUCCAUUAUUAUGUAUAUUCAUCCAUUAUAUUUAAUCAUUACCUGGUAGAGUUGCCCAAAGAUAGUGUCAAAAAAGCACAAAGAUAAUGACGAAAUCCUUCAUUUUGGAUUUCUUUGUGAAUAUUUAAGUGUCAAAACCGGAUAAGAUGCAGAAUUAUACGCCAAAUUUAAGUUGAUGUUGUUGUUUUUUUUCUAGAAAUGUUUUUGCUAUCCCCUUAUUUUAUGAAAUGUGCUGCUAGUAUCAGGAAAAUAAUUAUUUAAAGUCUCCCCUUACCCAAAUACUCACAAAAACUGGAACCCUAGUUAAAAAAAAAACUGGAACACUAGUUCACACACAACUGGUAAACUAGUUCAAACAUGACUGUUGUUCGAAUGUUUUUAGAAAAAGGAUGAAGUGAAUAAUAUUGACUCCUAGUUUAUGAUGAUUCACUUCAUUUAGUAGAUUUUGUUUUCUCAUUGUAAAAUAAUAAAACUACAUGUUUUUGGGCCAAAACAUUCACACAGCAAAUGGGACUCUUCUAGUAUGUAGCAACUCAUUUUUUCUUCAAACUAGUGGGGUGAACUAUUUUGGGUAACAGCCUCAUGUUGAAGUGGAACGUUCCCUGAUUAACUGCUAUUCGGGAAUUCAAGAUUGUCAUUCCAGUUGUACUGCUUUGUCACACAUACAAUAUUCACGAGAUAUUAACUCAUAAAAUCGCCCCAAAAAAGCAUUUAGACACUUGUGCCAAUCUGCUGAACCAAUGUAUGAAUGUCAUUACAAAAACAUAAUUUUUAUGAAUUUUUACAAGACAACAAAUAUCAAAACUGAAAAUGAUCAAAUCAAAUCAAACAAACAAAAAGUAUUGGAUACUUUGUGGUUGUUAGAACAUGUCCAUUUCGAUUUAUACAUCAUCUGAAAGAUAAAAAAUAAGCUUUCCAUUGAUGUAUGGUUUUAGUGUUAGGAUAUGACAAUAUUUGACCGAGAUAGAACUAUUUGAAAAUCUAGAAUCUGAGGGUGCAAAAAAAAAAAAAACAAUCUAAAUACUGAGAAAAUUGCCUUUAAAUUUGUCCAAAUGAAGAUCUCAGCAAUAUAUAUUACGAAUCAAAAAUUAAGCUUAAAUAUAUUUAUGGAAGGACAUUUACAAAAUAUCUUCAUGGAACAUGAUCUUUACUUGAUAUCCUAAAGAGUUUUGACAUAAAAUUGAUCAUUUGGACCCAUACAAUAAAUUUUUGGCUAUUGCUAAAAAUAAUCCCAUGCUACUUAUGACUGGUUUUGAUGACAUAUUAAUAUUAUAAUAAAAAUGCUUUGUUAACCGAUUUUCUUUUACUAUCUUCUUUAGUAUGCACAAUCAGUCUACAAAUAUUCUUUACAGCAUUUAAGCAUACCGCUUAAAUUAAAAGGUCGCAAGUUCAUUCAUAAGCCACACUCCUUUUUAACUAAUCUUGAAUUUUGUAAGCAUUGAACUGCACAGAAUAAUAGCUGAAAAAUGAUGCAUGUGUGAGAAAGCAGCACUUGUCGCUGGGAGGGUCGGUUGAUGAUAUUAUCUCUCUUUUAGGAAUGUUGGUUCUCAGCAUUCCUUUACUUUCCUUCAGCUCUCUUCCUCUCUGCAUUGCUGGUGCCACGGCAAAUGCCACUUUGGCAAGCUCAUUCACCUGUGAGUAUGAACCUGCACGUGUGUGUGUGUGUGUGUGUGUGUGAGACAGAGAGAGAGAGAGAGAGAGAGUGGAUGUCAGCUCAUCAAGCAUAAUCAAAGUGUUUUUAAAUUUGUGACUUGACUCACAUGAAAUUUGUUUACUGACGAUAUCCAAAUAUUAUAUUGUAUGCUAUUCAUAUCUAAAUA